AUUCCACCGCCACCGUCCCCGCGCGGCCGCGCCGCCUAGAUCGCCGACGACGACAAUGUCCCUGGCGGCCAUCUUCGUCUUCCUCCUGGUCUCCGCGCUGCAGAUGCUCGACGGCGUCCUCGAUCUCGCGAGAAGGAGGGGGUCACUUUCUGAUGAGCAGCUCAAACUACGGAUGGAGAUCACGCAAAUUCUCAAGGAGGCUAGUGCACUAUCCACACCCUCAACGUUUGCGCAGGCCGCAAAACUGAAAAGACUGGCUGCUGCUAAAGAGAAGGAGCUGGCAAAAAUACAAGAUCUGAACAUUAAAGGGAAGGAAUCUUUAUACGAACAAUAUGGCAAAGUUUUGUUGAUCACCAAGGUUCUAAUCUAUGGUGCGCUCGUUCUGUGGUUUUGGAGUACUCCUGUAACUACUGUUCCUAAGCACCUUCUCCAGCCCUUCGGAAGGUUGUUUUCCUGGAGAGGUGUAGAUGCUGCUACAGGCCGUGUUGUGGUUGGAAUUCUCCCAUGGCUAUUUUUGACCUCUCGUGUCAGCAAGCUGCUUAGUGAGAAACUUGCGCCCAUAUUUCUGCAUCCUUAGGUCCGUCGGAUAGCUUCCUUUUUUAUUGUGUUUUUUAUGUGAAAUUUUGUACGAUCUCUCCAUCUAUAUGUCUAAAGUUGUGGACUUUCCAGAGGGAUAGGAUUAGGUCCAUGCGUUUUUGUUUCCUGUAAAAUAUUUCUAUUAUUCUUAUG